CAUCAUGGGCCAUAUCGACCACGGCAAAACUACUUUAUUAGACACUAUUCGCCAAACCCAAGUCCAAAAAAAGGAGGCUGGUGGUAUAACCCAAAAAGUUAGUGUUUCCCAGGCAGAAUUUCAGGGUCAAAAAAUUACUUUUUUGGAUACUCCUGGGCACGGCGACUUUAUUAAAAUGCGGCAGAGAGGAAUCUCCCUGACGGAUCUGGUAGUCCUAGUAAUUGACGCCAAAGACGGAAUAAUGUCUCAAACUGCUGAAAUUAUUGAUUAUUUUCAUAAUUAUCAAUUGCCUACGCUUGUUUUCAUUAAUCACAAAAAACCUAGUGAAACAGACAAUGAAACUAAUUUAAAUCGGAUACGAACCCAAUUACAGGAAAAAAACCUGACUCCUCUCGAAUGA